CAUACAUUGGCGUUACACCAUAUACAACAUAUGUUGAAUUCGAGCAUGAGGAUAAGGAGUACAAUAUUGAUACUUAAUGUCAUAUUCAUGCUGACUAUUGGAACCAUGGAUGGCAUUGUUGAAGCCAACCACAAAGUCGACAGGAUCUUUCCGGUGUUUGUCAAGAGGACGGUGGUAAUAACCAACACACUCAAGGUGCAAUUGAAGGUACAUUGUAGCAACGGACUCCAUUGGUAUGAUAUAUACGACGACACGAUUAAUUAUAACGAUCCUUCGACUAAUAGAUGGCUCAUUAAAGCCUUUGGACCAUGCAUGUGGGAUAAAUAUACUUCUCUUUAUGACAUAUGUGAUUAUUGGCAGAAGUAGAGUGUGUUGUGUUUCUAUUCAAAUAGUUCACGUGAAGGGAAAGAAGGAGAAGGAGAAGAAAAUAGAUAAAAAGGAGACCACAUUGUUUUGCUUUUAUCUUACAUUUUCGGAAAUAAGUUGUAGUAU